GAGCCAUUAAAGAAAGCGAUUUCUCCAUGUCUACUCGACGCAAACACUCUUGAACUAAUUUCAGCACAUAAUAUUUGUCGCGGUUCGUCCAACACAUCAAGCGACCCGCGUUUGGCCUCGUUUCAGGCCUACCUCGACUUGCUCGUCAAACUGGGCACUGCCUACCAGUCCCUUGCCGAUUAUCGAUGGCGUGACGCACUUGAAGCGUUGGCCGGUGGUAAUGGGCAAACAGGUCCAUCUGCUCGUCAGCUGGCCACUGGGCGCCUGUUGUCUUGGGCUGGUCGAGCGCACGUCGACGGCACCGAGUAUGCCUUAGCUCGGCAAGUUUUCCGGGAGGUGCGUUCCCGCGAACCCUGGCAGCUCACUGGCAUGGAUGUAUACUCGACUGCGUUAUAUCAGCUACAAGCUGACGCUGAUCUUUCGCAGCUGGCGCACGAUCUGCUAGACUUAGAUCGUGGGGCUCCGGAGCCUUGGUGCGCCGCGGGCAACUGUUUUGCUCGCCAGAGGGAACAUCAUAUCGCAAUUCGCUUCUUCCGGAGAGCCAUCAAGACUGAGCCAUAUUAA